ACGAGCUGCUCUGGCGCUAGAGCAGAGCGGGCUGCGCUUUCUUGGCAGGGUAACAUUUUCACUCUGAGGGUAGGUUUGUUUCUUCCAGUUCCUCUCCGCCCGCGCUCCACGGAAGGCCGAGACGAAAGCGCGAACAAAGCAGAUCGAACGACAUGGGCACCAAGUAUGUGGCGAUUCCACCUGACGGGGGAUGGGGGUGGGUCAUCGUGGCUGCCUCUUUUUUCUGCAACUUCGUCGUGGACGGCAUCAUCUUCUCGUUCGGCAUGUUCAAGAGCUACAUCAUCGAGGAUUUUGGCGAGACCGAGGCCAGGACGGCCCUCGUCGGAUCCCUGCUUUCCGGAUUCUACCUCAUAGCAGGUCCGUUUGUGAGCGCCCUGUCAAAUAAAUACGGAUUCCGCACAGCCACGAUUUUGGGCGCAGUUUUAGGCGCCCUUGGUUUUGGAAUUUCGUACUUCGCCGGAAGCGUCGUCUAUUUGUAUUUGUCUUUCGGCAUAGUUGGCGGCGUUGGUUUUGGGUUGAUUUACGUCCCUGCCGUCAUUGCUGUUGGAUUUUACUUUGAGAGGUGGAGAGCUCUGGCCACCGGAAUUGCGGUCUGUGGCUCAGGAAUUGGAACUUUCCUUAUGGCGCCGUUGUCAACUUAUUUGAUUGAAAAUUGGGGCUGGAGAGUUGCCCUCUUAGUUCAAGCAGGUAUUAUUUUGAUUUGUGCCGUGGUUGGUCUUUUGUUCCGCCCACUGGAGCCCACCUUGGUUGAAACCGACGAGGAUGAGGACGAGAAGAAGGAAAUGAACGACAACCAAAUCCCUCUGAUGACCAAACGGAUGAGCAAAGACUUGGAAAUGCCGCGAUCCGCCUCCUUUGCCAGCAUACCCGAAAACGGAAGGUUAUCACUCAAAGAGAAGAGGUUAUCAACAUACUCUCAGCAGUCUUGCCCGCCACCAGACACCAUAAAAAACGGACCGACCGCUUUGAACCAUGACGACGAUGGCUACUUGGCUGUCCCUGACUUGAACCCUGUGGAGGAGGAGUGCAACGGAGGCGCCAUUCUGCACAAAGAUCUGAGCAGGAAUAACUCGACCACCCUGAUUGCCAAGAUGGGUAGUCGGAGGGCGUCGAGGAUAAGAACGUCUUCGGAGUGCAGCAACCAGAGUUCAAAGAAACCAGAGGCCAAACCUAUGCAGAGGGAAGAUAUUUAUUUCACAGGAAGCAUGCAACGAUUGCCUCAGUACACCUCACGGACAUCUCUGGCUUAUCACGCUUCUGUGACUCACCCCGCCCCCACUGAAAACGUUGACGGCUCAUUCGAGGAAACUUCAAGCAGCAUUUUCGACAUGACCCUUCUGACAAGUCCCACUUUCAUACUGCUUUGCGUGUCCGGUUUCUUGACCAUGAUGGGCUUUUUUGUGCCUUUCAUGUUCCUGACAGAUCGAGCCAAAGACGGAGGAAUGGAUCCGUCUUUGGCCGUCUUUUUGAUUUCAAGCAUCGGCAUCACCAAUACAAUUGGCCGAAUCGUUUGCGGACUGAUCUCAAGCAUGCCAGGAAUCAAUGCACUUGUGGUCAACAACAUCGCCCUUACCAUUGGCGGAAUUGCCACAAUUUUCUCUGGAAUUUCCAAUGACGUCGUUUUCCAAUAUUCGUACGCCUGCGUUUUUGGCCUGGCCAUUGCUUGCUUUGCAUCCCUCCGAUCCAUCAUUCUCGUCGACCUUCUCGGUCUGGAGAAACUGACCAAUGCCUUUGGCUUGCUGCUCCUUUUCCAAGGAAUUGCUGCCUCGAUCGGCGCACCUAUUGCUGGCGCCUUCAAAGACAUGACUGGCAGCUACGACCCCACCUUUUAUCUCUCCGGAGGGCUGAUCCUUCUCUCGGCCAUCAUGUGCUACCCCCUGAACCGACUCCAUGCCUGGGAACACAGAGUCAAGUCUCCUGUGCCUUGAAAGACGGACGAAAGUUGCAAACCUGCUCAAAGUCACGGAGACACGUGCCUUGGACCAAUCCUAUCAUAAGACUUGGGAAAUACAUCAAUUGUGCCAAUCAAACGCUUAUUUACCACAAUUAACUUUGUACACCACGUAGGUUAAGCAAAAAUUAUACUUGCAACCACCACUAACUUAAAAAAAUAUUAAAAUAAGUAAUAAUGCGUGCUUUUGUGUGAUUUUGCAUUAUUGUCGUGUCCACCAAUAAAAUAUUUUUGAAUCUUUAAUUUUAA